UUCUCAGUGGCUGUGGCCGGACCAUGACCUAGCUGACCAUGAACUUGGAGGGGCUUGAGAUGAUAGCAGUUCUGAUCGUCAUUGUGCUCUUUGUUAAAUUGUUGGAACAGUUUGGGCUGAUUGAAGCAGGUUUAGAAGAUAGCGUGGAAGAUGAGCUGGAGAUGGCCACCGUCAGGCAUCGGCCUGAGGCUCUUGAGCUUCUGGAAGCCCAGAGCAAAUUCACCAAGAAAGAGCUUCAGAUUCUUUACAGAGGAUUUAAGAAUGAGUGCCCCAGUGGUGUUGUUAAUGAAGAAACCUUCAAAGAGAUUUACUCGCAGUUCUUUCCACAGGGAGAUUCCACGACGUAUGCACACUUCCUGUUCAACGCAUUCGAUACAGACCACAACGGAGCUGUGAGCUUCGAGGACUUCAUCAAGGGACUUUCCAUUCUGCUCCGAGGGACAGUACAAGAGAAGCUCAACUGGGCCUUUAAUCUGUACGACAUAAACAAAGACGGCUACAUCACUAAAGAAGAAAUGCUCGACAUCAUGAAAGCGAUCUACGACAUGAUGGGAAAAUGCACAUACCCGGUCCUCAAAGAAGACGCGCCCCGACAGCACGUGGAGACGUUCUUCCAGGUGGGCGUCAGGGAAGUCGGGGGCGGGGACGUGGGCGCAAUUUCCCCACGUGCACACCACCACCGGGUGCGAGAGAAGGCAGCCGGCCUUGCUCACAGCGGGGCGGUGCUGUGCUCACUGCGCUCGGCGGGGCCAGGUCUGGAGACCCGCCCUCCUUCCCACGAGAACCCGGCCAGUUCUCAAGGACGCGUUAGCCCCAUCUCAGACGAGAAUGCCAAGGCUUUCCCAGCUCAGCAAAGCGCCUGGGCAUCCUCCCGCCUGGGGCCCAGGGACUGGCGGUCCUGAGCGCGUCAUGCGGAGACGGGGACAGGCUGUGUCUAAGGAACGGCUUCU